AUGAAUACUUGUGCUUACCUUCAACCACUGCGACCACAACUGGUCGCUUCACUCAUGGAGGCGAUGGCCCAUGCGUCUUCAUUGCAGCAUGUAGAAUUGUCUGCGGCGAUUACGAUACAGUCAUUCUAUCGCAUGUGGCGUGAUCGUCGGUCGUAUCGCGUGUUGCGGAGUGCCGUGGUCUGUCUGCAGCGGAUGUAUCGUGGUCACAUGCAUCGCAAGCGUGUGGCGGAGCUUCGGGAGGAGGCAGAGGCUUCACAUGAAAGAGCUGUCUAUGAGUACUACGCCACACGCAUCCAGGCAUGUUUUCGCGGGUACUAUGUGCGAUGCCACAUAGAUGACUUCUACGCCAGGAAAAUCUACAUUGAGCAAACUGUGAGGGCCUCGUCGCAUGUGCAGGAAACGGCCAAUAAAAUGCUUCAGGAUCGGCUUCAGGAGGAAUUGGAAAGACGGCAGUCCAAGCAAAAACAGAACUACAAGGAGGCGACAGAGAAAUUGCACCAUUUGAUCUCAACGACGUGUGUGAGUGGCAUCUACAGGCGCCCCGUGAUUCCAUGCUCGACCGUGACUGUUUACGGGACGAGUGUUGAAAAUGACAUUCGGAUUAAUAGUGGGGCUGCCUUGCGUUCGCAACACGGACGGAGGAUGCGGGAGAAGUUGAAAAAAACUGUAAACGACGGAAGGAAAGAUGGAAUGGUGGCUACUACGAUCACGGAUGGUGAUUUUAAGAAGAGCCACUUAAAUUGUGCAGGAGAUAAAAAUGAAGAGGAAAAGAAUGUAUGGAAAUUUUCUACUUUACGUGGUGCAUGGAACCGCAGCGGCGUCGAGCAGGUGAGUUUGCCUCCUAUUAAAACUCCUGUGGGAAGUGGGACCAAGUAUCUUGGCAAAGUCGUGAGUCAUUCAUGUAUAGAUGAGUUUGAGCCGAUGUACGAUACCGACACAGCUGCUUUGAAGCGUUUUGUAGACGCCAAAGAGAUAGAAGCUCUUCAUGGCAAGAAACCGUUUGUCAGUUCCUUCUCCAGUGGCAUGUAG